AUUUCACCCACUAGGGGAUAAAGUACAGUUGAGGAAAUAAGUGUAGGCUUCGUAAAUACAGAGUGAGAGAGACGGCGAACUUUUACAUUUUCUCACCCAUUUAAGUUAAGAAAUGUCAGACAAACUGUUCUUAUAACAAAUAAGAUAUAAAAUAUACACAUAGAAGAUAAAAGUGCUUUGGACUUGGAAGCUGAGAGUCUCCGUUCUGUAAAUGGAUUAUCUGUGUUUCCGAGCAUUCUGCUGCAAAGGACCACCAUCACCAAGAACUGAAUACGAUGUUGUUUGUGUAGGCCUUACAGGAUCUGGCAAGUCAAGCUUGCUAACACAACUCUGCAGUGAGAGUACAGACAACAUCAUACCCACAACAGGUUUUAGCAUUAAAGCUGUUCCAUUCCAGAAUGCUAUCCUCAAUGUGAAAGAACUUGGAGGCGCAGACAAUAUACGCAAAUACUGGAGUCGAUACUACCAAGGAUCUCAAGGGGUUGUAUUUGUGCUAGACAGUGCAUCAUCUGAAGAUGAUCUGGAAACUGCACGGAAUGAAUUGCAUUCAGCUCUUCAACAUCCCCAGCUGUGCACUUUGCCAUUUUUAAUAUUAGCCAACCACCAAGACAAGCCAGCAGCACGUUCUUUGCAAGAGAUUAAGAAAUAUUUUGAACUGGAACCACUCGCAAGGGGUCAGCAAUGGAUCCUUCAGCCUUGUUCUGUAGAGAACAUGGAUGCUGUAAGAGAAGGCUUCAGUCAGUUUAUCAGCUUGCUUGAAGAAAUUGAUCAAGAGCACAUUCCAGGAAGAAUAUGAAAUCUGCACUGACUGUUGUUUAGAUCACUGAAAUGAAAACAUUUCUGAAAUCCUUACACACUAUCAAAACUUUGUAGUAUUCAAAUAACAUUGUUGAAACUUCAUUUUAAAUAAUUAUUUUAUACGAUCCAAUUCUUACAUAUUGAAACAAAUAAUUUUGAAACAGAACUAAAAUAUCCAGAAUCAAAUGAAAUAUGAAAUCAAUUUAAAUUUAAAUCUGUGGAAAGUACUGUUCAGUUUUCUACUGCUUUUGCCAUUUUACUGUAUUUGCAUGGUAUUUCAGUAUGUAAUCAUUUAUGCUACCAUAAUGGUGGAAAUUUUGAAAAUGAUGAUCAAUGAUGACUGUAAUCUGUGUUGCUGAACUAACCUGUAUGCUGUCAGAAGUAGUCUACAAUGAUGGGCAGAUAUGGAGUUUUGCACUUUGCUUCUGAUUUCUGUAAGUUAUUAGUGUGCACAAUGCAAAGAAACUGACCAGUAACCAUUGUGAGAGCGCAUUUGUAAAUCAUCUGAACAGAAAAGAAAGUUUUGCUAUUGUGAUUCCCAAUCAUGACUUGUACAUGAUUUGAAACUUGGUGUUAAUGACUGUUAAAUCUUUGAAAUUAUGCCAGACAAAUUUAAACGCUCCCUAUAAAAGAAAAAACAAGUCAUCGGCACUGUUUUUAUAUAUGUAUAUUACUGUCUUCAUCUAACACUGCUCUUGAAAGAGCACACGUUUUGAUAGCAUGUCUGUUCUACAGUCCAUAGACAAAAUAGCAUGCUUUUGCUUGAAUUUAUUUAAGGAUAUUUUUGAAAGAAAGCAUUUGUCUUUAAUCUUUCAUUCGUUUAAUCAAUGCUGAAAAUUAGAUGAUUUGUUUGAUAAUGAAGUCUUAUUUCUCGUAUUACUGUGCAAUCAAAUGAAUGCAAUUUGGAUAAAAAAGAACAGUGCUAAUUUUGUCUUAAAUUUUAACAUUUUAAAUGAAAUGUAUUAUUCUAAGAAUUUGAGUGUUCUAAAACAUUAAGUAUUGAAGACACUGUGGUAGAUGUUGCUCAAGCCAUCUGUCAAAUUACUUUCUGUGUGUGUGUUUUGUGAAUGUAUGCAUCAGCCUUGCACUCCUUCUCAAACCUGGGACUGUCUGCAACUCUUCAGUAAACAGAAUGAAAACACUAUCAAUCAAUACUCACCAGCAGCUGUUCCUGACAAGCCUCUGUCUGACGCCUAAUGCCUUCCAACUGUCGGCAUAGUUCCCUCCCCGUCUACUGUCACCAUCUCUCUCCGACUAUUCGUUUUCACAUUGUCUCUUCGCUUGCAGUUUAAGAAUUUCAGAUGGUGUUCUUAGAUUCUUCUGUUGGAAUUUGUAUUUUUGUAUCUCUUCAGUGUGUAUUUGUUGCAUGUUUUGCUGUGCAUACUGUAAAGCUGCAUUUAUCCAUAUGUAUACCUCUAUUUUAUAGUAGGCUUGCUGCAUUCAUUGUAUUUAUAGAAAUUUUAGAAAUUUUUAUAUAUGAGUAGGACAUAGCUGCUUUUUUAAGUCUGUGAAAUCAUUCAUAUUUUUAAAUUUUGUAUCUUUAUUACUGAUAAUGUUACUUGUUUAACUGGCACAUAGCCUAUCUUUGUACUGAAAAUACAGCUACUGUAUUUAGCAGGUAACUAACCAGUAAAGUCAAAUAAAUCAGAGAUUAUUCUCAGAUUUUUGCUGUUCAUUAAUAACAAUAAAGGUUACUGCUGAAUAGAAGUGGCUUGUUAAUAUUCCCAAGGGACAGUUACAAACUCAGCUUUAGUUGCCAAUUCAAUAGUAAAUAUGUAAGGUGAAUUGUUACUACUUCAAUUAUAACUUUUCCUUUGACAAGAGGUGAAGAUCAUGGACAAGCGCAUGCACAUUUGAAGAAACAGAUGCCCACUACUGAACUAAUUUUGACUUCUUGUACGUGAGCUUUUAGGGUUUUAUUUAACCAUUUGGUGACUGAAGUCAUAUAUAACUAAGGUAAAAUAUGACUGGUACUUGAAAUCAGAAGUAAAAAAAGAAAAUGCCGGAAAUACUCAACAGGUCUGGUAGAUUCAGAGAAAAGAGAAAUUGAUUUAUUGUUUCAGGUCUGUGACCAUUCAUCAGAACAAAAUUUAAAAUUGGGAAGAGAAUAAGUUUUGACUGAUUCAUUUGCUUGAAACAUAUUUGUGAUAAGUGACAUUACAUUAUGCAGUGGGGCACAACACAGCAUAAUGAAAAUUGGCUUAAUGUCGCAUUGUGUUGAUGGUGGCAUUUGGAAUUUGUUUAAAAGCAGUCAGGUAUGGAUUCCUGCUUUAUAAUUUAUCUAUUAUUACAGCUAAAGAAAAUUCUUUUUAAGUCCUCUCUAACCUCAAGUUCUUUUAUACUUCAAAGAAGUUGCUCGUGCUGAAUUAUUGACCAUGGCAUGGAGUGUUAUUUGCCCCCUACCAUUUUUGGUUGUUGAAGACGCCAUGUGGGAAACCAUAGUGCAGUAGAAUGCACGAUUAAUCUGACCCCUUAAGGAGUUCCUGAUUUCAAUUGUAUCAUUAUGGAGAGAUACAAAGAGAUUUUCCAGAAUUAGUAGAGGAAAUAGGGAAAGGACUAAUAUACUCUUGUCUUAAUUGACUAAGUUCUAGUACUUCAGAGUGUACUAGAUCCUGAGUUGUAUUCUUUGAAUAGGUAUUUAAUCUUGGGGAAUAUUUUAAGAAAGAAAAAGUGAUAUCUUUCAAGUGCCACAGCAAUAUAUUUGUAUACUGUAAAUUUUGUGUUAAUUCAUCCAUUUUAUGCUGUCUGAAUGUUUAAAAUAUAUAGAUGAAUAGAAAAUUCAGCCGUAUAUGAAAAUAGAAUCCCUGCAGCAGUUUAGUCAAUAUGCAAAAGGGAGGUUAAGUUGAUGUUUUUGUUUUAAUCCUUAAUCAAACACCAAUAAUAUGAAGUGUCAAGCUGCUGUUUUCAUUCAGGUUUGUUGAAUAUGUGGUUUUUAUAAUUUUUUCCCACAAUGGUUAUGCCCUCAAAUAUUUUAACGUAAAAAUAAUGAAAAUGUGACAGUUUGCCUGCAAUCAUAUUUAACUGUUUCAGCUGUUAAAUGAUUAAAAUGCACAUUUAUUGUAAGCCACUCCAAUUGCAAAUUAAAGCUGUACUGUAGAUCAGUGUAGGUAUGACCUGCCAAACAGAAUCACAACUGCCUAUGAUGUGUGACCAAUUUUAUCUUCGCUGCUAAAUAACCUGGUUUUCGUGUACUCCUUUAUUGUGUGAUUGUUUAAAAUAAACCUUCUGGACGAAGUAAA